AUGAGGCCGCGGCCCGACGGUCGGGGGCUGCGCGCGGGAGCCGCGCUGUCGCCCGCGCUGCUGCUGCUGCUGCUGUUGCCGCCACCGCCACCGCUGCUGGGACGUCUGUGGGCGGCGGGCACGCCCGCCACGUCGGCGUCCGGGACUUGGGAGGACGGCGCGCCGGGCGCAGGCCGCGUGAAGCGCGGCUGGGUGUGGAACCAGUUCUUCGUGGUGGAGGAGUACACGGGCACCGAGCCUCUGUACGUGGGCAAGAUCCACUCAGACUCAGACGAGGGAGACGGCGCCAUCAAGUACACCAUCUCAGGUGAGGGCGCCGGCACCAUCUUCCUGAUAGACGAGCUGACGGGCGACAUCCAUGCCAUGGAGCGCCUGGACCGUGAGCAGAAAACCUUCUACACACUGCGGGCCCAGGCCCGGGACCGUGCCACCGACCGCCUGCUGGAGCCCGAGUCGGAGUUCGUCAUCAAGGUGCAGGACAUCAAUGACAGCGAGCCCCGCUUUCUGCACGGCCCCUACAUCGGCAGCGUGGCCGAGCUCUCACCCACAGGCACGUCGGUGAUGCAGGUGAUGGCCUCCGACGCGGAUGAUCCCACUUACGGCAGCAGUGCUCGGCUGGUGUACAGCGUGCUGGAUGGAGAACACCACUUCACCGUGGACCCCAAGACCGGUGUGAUCCGGACAGCUGUGCCUGACCUUGACCGGGAGAGCCAGGAGCGCUACGAGGUGGUGAUCCAGGCCACAGAUAUGGCGGGCCAACUGGGCGGCCUCUCGGGCUCCACUACUGUCACCAUCGUGGUCACCGACGUCAAUGACAACCCACCCCGUUUUCCACAGAACGUGUUCAAGGUCACCACGGACAGUGACACCCAAGAGGCCAUCAUCUUAGUGCAGAAGCGCCUGGACUUCGAGUCCCAGCCAGUGCACACCGUGGUCCUGGAGGCCCUCAACAAGUUCGUGGACCCCCGCUUCGCUGACCUGGGCACGUUCCGCGACCAGGCUAUCAUCCGCGUGGCUGUGACCGACGUGGACGAGCCCCCCGAGUUCCGGCCGCCCUCCGGCCUCCUGGAGGUGCAGGAGGACGCGCAGGUGGGCUCCCUGGUCGGCGUGGUGACGGCGCGGGACCCCGAUGCCGCCAACCGGCCCGUCCGGUACGCCAUUGACCGCAGCUCCGAUCUGGACCAGAUCUUCGAUAUCGACGCGGACACAGGCGCCAUUGUGACAGGCAAGGGACUGGACCGCGAGACGGCGGGUUGGCACAACAUCACAGUGCUGGCCAUGGAGGCUGACAAUCAUGCCCAGCUAUCCCGGGCAUCCCUAAGGAUACGAAUCUUGGACGUGAAUGACAAUCCUCCGGAACUGGCCACGCCCUAUGAGGCAGCUGUGUGUGAGGACGCCAAGCCAGGCCAGCUCAUCCAGACCAUCAGCGUGGUGGACAGAGAUGAGCCCCAGAGUGGCCACCGCUUCUAUUUCCGCCUGGUGCCUGAGGCUCCCAGCAACCCUCACUUCUCCCUGCUUGACAUCCAAGUCCUGGUGCUGCUGAUUCUCACCCUCCGGCGCCACCACAAGAGCCACCUGAGCUCGGACGAGGACGAGGACAUGCGGGACAACGUCAUCAAAUACAACGAUGAGGGCGGCGGCGAGCAGGACACGGAGGCCUACGACAUGUCGGCGCUGCGGAGCCUCUACGACUUCGGCGAGCUCAAGGGCGGCGACGGGGGUGGCGGCGGGGGCACCGGCGGGGGCGCAGGGAGCCCCCCGCAGGCUGGCCUGCCAACCGAGCGCCACUCGCUGCCGCAGGGACCCGCGAGCCCAGAGCCGGACUUCUCGGUGUUCAGGGACUUCAUCGGCCGCAAGGUGGCGCUGGCGGACGGGGACCUGUCGGUGCCGCCCUACGACGCCUUCCAGACCUACGCCUUCGAGGGCGCGGACUCGCCGGCCGCCUCGCUCAGCUCGCUGCACAGCGGCUCGUCCGGCUCCGAGCAGGACUUCGCCUAUCUCAGCAGCUGGGGCCCGCGCUUCCGGCCGCUGGCCGCGCUCUACGCCGGACACCGCGCAGACGACGAGGCGCCUGCCUCCUAG